GUAACUGCUUUUGCGGUUGGUGGGCGGGAAGCAAGGUGGGUGUGGACUUUAGGACAUAUGUCAACACUAAGCUCAUUUCACUGCACAUACAGACAUGUCUCGAUUUAAAAGAGCGGGUCAAGGGGACUCUCUAGCGGGCUUCAAGACAGAGAAAACGGAGCCAACCGUCCCUUCUGGUCUGCUGAAGGCAGCCGGAAAGAGCGGCCAGCUCAACCUGUCUGGCCGGGGGCUGAAAGAAGUUCCUCAGGAGGUGUAUCGUCUAAACGUUGACCCACCUCUGGACGCACAGCAGAAUGUUUCCUUUGCAGAGUCAGAUCGUUGGUGGGAACAGGCUGACCUCACCAAACUGCUGCUGUCAUCCAACCAGCUCACUCAGCUGUCUGAUGACAUCAGAUUACUGCCUGCACUCAUGACUCUAGAUCUCCAUGACAACCAGAUGAGCAGCUUACCUAGUGCUUUGGGAGAACUACAGGAGCUAUAUGAACUGCGACUCAGUCAUAACCAGCUGAGUGCUCUGCCGGUGGAGGUGUGCUCUCUGAAGAAGCUCAGCAGCAUCACACUGCAGCAGAACCGUCUGGAGAGCCUGCCAGAGGAGCUGGGACAGCUGGAGAACCUGACCCAGCUGGACCUGUCCAACAACCUUCUGAAGGACCUCCCCUCCAGCCUGGGCCGUCUCACCUCCCUGCUUAAACUCAAUCUGAGUCACAACAAGCUCAGCGCUCUGCCUGACAGCGUGGCACAGCUCAGAAAUCUGAAGCUGUUGGACUGCAGCAACAACCAGCUGACUGACAUUUCCGCCAGCCUAUCAGAGAUGCUCGCUCUGGAGCAGCUCUACCUCAGACACAACAAGCUGCGCGUCCUCCCAAAGCUCCCUGCACCCGCGCUCAAGGAGUUGUAUGUGGGGAACAACCACAUUGAGAAGCUGGAGGCGGAGCAGCUGUCCUGCCUGAAAGCCAUUUCUCUUUUAGAACUCCGAGACAACAAGAUCCAAACGCUCCCUGAGCAGAUCACCACGCUGAGCACGCUCACACGCCUCGACCUCACCAACAAUGACAUCAGCACUCUCCCAGCCUCUAUCAGCCUGCUGCCUGACCUGAAGGUGCUGCUGUUGGAGGGAAACCCUCUGAGAGGAAUCAGGAGAGAUCUGCUCACGAAAGGAACCAAUGAGCUUCUGAAAUAUUUAAGAGGAAGAAUUAAAGAGGAGCCUGACAAAGCCGAGGAACAACAGACAGCCAUGACGUUACCCAGCCAGGCCAGAGUUAAUGUCCACAACAUUAAGACCCUCAAGUUACUGGACUACAGUGCGAAGCAGGCAGCAGACGUUCCUGAUGAGCUGUUUGAUGCUGCAGCAGAGAGCUCCGUCACCUCUGUGAACUUCAGCAAGAACCAGCUCACUUCCAUACCCCCCAGGCUGGCAGAGUUCGUCUCCUCUGUGUCAGACAUCAAUCUGGGUUUCAACAGACUGACCUGCUGCUCUCCUGACAUCUGCAAGUUCCCGCAGCUGACAAACAUUGACCUCAGGAACAACCAGCUGACUGAUUUACCGUCUGAAAUGAAAGACUUGACCAAACUGCGCUCCGUUACCCUCAAUUACAACCGGUUCAAGUCCUUCCCUCAAGUCCUCUAUGAGAUUGUUUCCUUGGAGACGGUGUUGCUUGGUAACAACCAGGUGAAUGGGGUGCACCCUCAUCAGCUCAUCAAGUUGGUUAAUCUGUCAACGCUGGAUCUGUCCAACAACGACCUGCUGAGCGUCCCUCCGGAGCUGGGCCUGUGCAGCAGCCUCAGGUGUCUGAGUCUGGAGGGGAACCCUUUCCGAUCCCCCAGAGCAGCCAUCGUGGCCCGAGGAACGGACGCAGUGAUGGAGUACCUCCGCAGCCGCAUUCCUACAUGACCCCCGCUCACACAUCCCUGUUUUUUUAUCAAUGCUGACAUUAAAAAGCAUGAACCAACAUCCUGAUGGUACCACAGGAGGUCCUCACACAGUUCAAAGACUCCCUGUGAGGUUGAUCUAUGUUCCAUGAUGUGUUGAAUGCUUGAUAUUUACACUCUGUGGUGCCAUGUGAGGAAUACUUCCUGACAAUCAAACUACACAUGAUUGAAAAGAUCAAAUACAAACACUUCCAAUAAAGUUUCUCUAAGAUUUA